AUAUUUUCUCCGGUCGUUUCAUCUUUAUUCCUGAAAUUAAGAUGAUGUUACUGAUACGCAAUGCAUAAAGUUUAGGCCUCAAGUACUCACACAACCCUUCUCCGUACAAAGAUACAAUGAUCAGAAACAUGGAGCAUCCACUUUCCCUCAAACUAAGUUCUUUGAGCGUCAUAUCUCAAUGCAAAUUAGAACGGAUACUGUCGCUAUGUGGCGAGAAAAAGGACUUAAUUAUUGAUCCCGUACUAAUCAAGCCCUUGGAAAGAAUUUGUGGCGUCAUCUGGCUACGACAACAUGGUAUUGACAAAAUCUACAAAAUGGACCCACAGUUGGGUCCCACGGCAAAUACAAACCGAGUAUACUUCAUCCCAUCCUGCAUCCAGAAGUACAAGUGUGUCCUUGACCAGAUAUCUUCUGUACUCAGCCAAAACUCCUCCCUAGCCGACCAGAACUGCUUCCACAUUAUAAUAGUACCAAAAGUAGUAUGCUCUUAUGAUUCUCUACUAGAGAGCAGAGGCCUAUAUGGUGUAGUCAAACUACACCCAUUUACCUGGGAACUAAUGGCCUUAGACGAACAGCUACUAAGCUUAGAACUGCCUUUUUUAUUCAAGCAGUUAUUUGUCGAGCAAAACCAUUCCUUAUUGUCAAGCAUUUCCAUGUCAUUGUGGAGUUUAUUCCAUGUCAUAGGCCGGCCUAAAGCUAUUUUUUCAGUUGGGAAACUGUCAGCAAGUGUGUUGGAUAUGCUUGAGGUAUACAAUGAAACAUAUGCAAGGGAUUUCUUGACGGAAGAUAGUUCAAAUGAAAUUGGUGCAUUGAUAGUUAUUGAUAGGAGCCAGGAUUAUGCCUCUAGUCUUCUCACGCCUGCCACAUAUAGUGGAUUGCUAAGUGAAAUAUUUAAAAUUACUUGUGGACAUUUAGAGCUAAAUGUUAAAGACACUAAGAUAAAGAAAGGAAAGCUGAAUUUUGACUUUGAAGAAGAUAAAACGGAAGCCAAAACUACGAUUAUGACUUUAGAUAGUUCAAUAGAUUGCCUAUAUGGAGAGAUAAAACAUAGACAUUUCUCAGAAGUACUAAGUGUUCUCAGCUCAAAAGCCAAACUGCUGAAAAAUGAAGAUAUCAAAGCAUUAGGAAUACAAGAAAUUAAGCAUUUUGUGGCCACAAAAUUACAACAAGUCACACUUUUCAAGCUAAGUCUAGUCAACCAUGUAUUAGCCUGUGAAACCAUCAUUUCAGAAAUGAGCAAUAAGUUUGAGAACCUCAAAGUGACAGAGACAGAUAUGCUUAAUAACAAAAAUAAGAAAUCAAACUUCACUUUUGUUGAUGAGAAUUUUGGCACUGACAUACACAUCUACAACAGCUUACGGCUUAUGUGUUUACUAAGUUUAACACAAGGACUGUCCUAUGACGAAUAUAAUUCACUAGUAAACAAGUAUUUACUAGCUUUUGGAUACAAUUUCUUAUAUGUGUUUAACAAUUUGAUCAAUGCUGGAUUGUUGAUUCAGCCAUCAACAUUAAAGUUGUCUCUUAACAUUUCAAAUCUUGGAAACUUAAGUGACAGAUUACCGAAAUGGCAGAACAGUUUCCAAACUACGGCAAACAAACUUAAAAUGCUUCCUCCUGAGGACUCCAGUAAAUCGUCUCCAGGCUAUGUCUUCAACGGAGGCUACAUACCCUUAAUAGCAACACUCUGCAACACUGUAUUGACAUCUGAUUCCUUGCUGGACGUUUUAACUAAACUAUCCGCGUUACCAGAUUUAAAAGUUGGUGGAAAAAUAGUGGAGAAUUUUAAAGUUGGUAUAGAAACUUUUAACGAGAAAAUAGAUAACUUAAAACCCCAAAGCGACCUAGAUUUUGGUUGCAAAGAUGCGAAAAACUUAGUGAAAUUACUUAAAAAUGACACGAGAGUAGGUGGGUUUCCGCUCAAGCCUAAAAGUGUGUUAGUAUAUAUUGUCGGGGGUGUGAACUACGCUGAAAUAGCGGCGUGCGAUGUCAUACAAACCGCAACGGGCAGCAAGAUAUAUGUGGCAAGCGACUGCAUAGCUAACGGAGGUGAUCUUAUGGCUGCUAACACAUGAGGUGACUGUGUAAAGAAUAUUAAAUAACAUUUUCAGGGAAGUAUAUAAUGACUGAUCAUUUUCACACUAAACGAAUCGGAAAUAGAGUAUACUAUACAUAUUUAGAUAUUGAAAUUUUAGCUUCUUUUUAUAAAUAAGCAGAAUUUUUUGUUCAGACAUUUAUGCUGAUGAAUACAUUGGGUGAUUGCGUCCAAUAGAAUCACCUGGGUAAAUAAUAUAUGCAAAUGUAACAAAUAAGUAUUAUGUUGUGUAAACAAGUUAUUUAUUUUUGCUAUAUUGGUGUUAUAUGUAAAAUAAAUAUAGGUACCUAAAAAAAUAAGCUUUAUUGUAAUUUGUAAGAUAAGAAAGAUAAUAGGUACAUUAAAAAAGGAUUUGUUGAUAACACUUGUUAUUUCCUAUUUAUUGUGAAAUCUCAUAUCAGUAAUUGAGCUAUCUCUCGAAGAUUAAAACAUUAGCCAUAUGUAAAGUGUCAUUCUAUGGAACUUGCUAACUAUGUAAACAAAAGUCACUAGUAAAUUCAUCAUUCUAUGUCAAUUUCAAUAUGGCGGUUUGUUUACAUAGUUAGCAAGUUCCAUAGAAUGACAGUUUACCUACAUCUACUGUUUAAGAGAGAAAUAUCCAUGAAACCAGAAUCUCUGAAUAUAUUAUUGUUCAAUAUGGUACCAU